AUGUCUCUUGAAGCAAGACUGGAAGUGGCGACUCGGGAGUUUCAAAAAAUUCAAAAAGACCUCUCAAAUGCAAUAGAAGCACGACAACGACUGGACUCGCAACUACAAGAGAAUGAAAUUGUUCAAAAGGAAUUCAAUUUACUCAAAGAUGAUGCAAAUAUAUACAAAUUAAUUGGCCCAGUGUUGGUCAAACAAGAAAAAACGGAGGCUGUUUCGAAUGUUGAGAAACGAUUAGAAUAUAUUCGAAGUGAAAUAAAAAGAGUUGAAGCGCAACUUCAAGAUUUUACUCAAAAAUCAGAGUUAAAAAAGACAGAGGUGAUCAAAAUACAAACGGAAUAUCAAGCGAAAUUACAGGCAGAAGCAAGUACUGGAUCCAAAUAA